AUGGUUCCCAGACAGCAGAAUGCCCAGCUUCCUCUCUUUUUGCUGCUGCUGCUCUUGGGAAUGGUGAUCUCACUCCAUGCCCCAUCUGGUAGUUUAACCAGGGCUCGGUGGUUUCAGAUUCAGCACCUAAAUAUGACCCACCGUCGAUGCGAUGAUGCAAUGCGGGUGGUUAACCGUUACACAAGGGUAUGCAAAGGUGAAAAUACUUUUCUCCACACAACGUUUGCUCAAGUAGCUCGUGUUUGUACCACCAGAAAUGUACCCUGCCCUAGAUCAAACAGGACAAAUUGUCAUACAAGCUCAGUUCCAGUGCCUAUAACCUACUGCAACAUCACAAGAAGAACAGCACAUUAUAGAAACUGCCGUUAUCAACAGACAAACACACGGAAGAUCUUCAUCGUUGCGUGUGCAAACAGAUCACCAACGGACAGUCCCAGGUACCCCGUGGUUCCAGUUCACUUGGAUGACAUCAUCUAA